UCCCUUUAUCCACACCUCUCUCUCUCUCUCAGCACUAUUUCUCCCUCAAUCUUUCACUUUACGCUCUGUAUUCCGUUACUUCAAAUUCACAAAAUCACAAACCCUUUCAAUUCAUCCGACCUUUUUUCUGUGUGAAUCAGAGAACAAUCACAACAAGGAAACUAAAUCGAAUUCAUUUUCCUUGCGGCGUCUGUUUGAACACAAGUUUCUGGGUUGAUUUUUUCUUGACUGUAAACAAGAAAAGGGAGGGUUAAUAAUCCAAAAAAGGAACUUGUUUUGUUUCAUGAUAUUUGCUUUUGCUUUCGAUUUCAUUAAAAUCGGUGAAAAAUCAUGUCGUGUCUACCAGCCGGCGGCUUCUCUGUUUCUGGGUCGAGCAGUUUGAUCGUCAACAAUCGAGAAAAGGGUUCUCCUCCUCCUAGGGCUAGCUCUUCAAUUGGGGGUUUGCAGUUUAGGAGCCCUAAUUCCAAGGAGAUUUGGGGAAACACUCUCGAUUUCCCAGAUCAGAGAGGUUUCAGCAAUUUGAGCAACAAAGCCCCAAAUUUGGACCCUGUUUAUGCACAAGGAGCUACUAUUUCAUUUGGGAAAACUCAAAAAUGGUGGGAGAAAUCUCUGCAGCCAAACAUGAUUGAGAUCGAUUCAGCUCAGGAAUUGGUUGAGCAUUUGAGAAAUGCUGGUGAUAGAUUGGUUGUUCUUAACUUCUUCUCUCCUGGUUGUGGAGGCUGUAAAGCUUUGCAUCCCAAGAUCUGUCAGCUUGCUGAAUCAAACCCUAAUACCACUUUUCUCACUGUAAAUUAUGAAGAACACAAGCCCAUGUGCUAUGCCCUCCACGUUCAUGUAUUGCCCUUCUUCAGAUUUUAUAGAGGUGCAGAUGGCAAAGUCUGCAGCUUCAGCUGCACCAAUGCAACCAUCAAGAAAUUCAAGGAUGCAUUGGCGAAGCAUGGAACGGAUCGAUGCUCCCUCGGCCCGACUAAGGGUUUGGAGGAGAAGGAGCUCGUGGCAUUGGCAUCGGUCGAUCUUAUACCGAAAGACUUGGUGCCACUCUCAUUGCCGAAGGAGGAGAAGGUGCACGAGUUGGUUGGAGCUGCGAAAUCGAGCUCAUUUAGCAGAGAUGAGAACAAGGUUGAGCUUAAGGAGGGCAAUGCCAUGGUUGCUGCUUAGGGUUUUUUCAAGAUUUGCAGAUGAUGAUAUAUGUAUGUAUGUGUGAAUCCCAACUUUUGUUUGGAGAUGUAAAUAUAAUUUCCAUGAUUUUGAGUGUAUUCCUGUGAAUUCAGGGCUGUGUGUUUUAGAUAUAAGCCCUGAAAAUAUUCGGAGAAUGGUUUCAAAAUGUAGCAUCAUUGAUUUGGUGGUGUUUUAUGAUUUCUCAUUUGGUGUUUUUAA